AUGUCGCCGGAGGAGCUCGCGGCCAAGCGGGAGGCGGACGGCCGGUCUGUCCUGGUGACAAACGUGGACCCGCGCGCGCCCAGCAUGGUCGUGACCGCGCACUUUGCCAGCUGCGGCCCUGUGAAGCGGGUGACCGUCAAGCCCGCGCGCCGCAUGGCUUUCGUGGAGUUCCAGUCGCAAGACGCGGUGCGGGCGGCGCUGGAUCUGUCGGGGUCGCGGCUGCUGGAUGAGGUGAUCCACGUCGCCCCCAAGAGCUCCGCGGCCGGCGUGGGCUUGGGCGGCGCGGCGGGCCAGGGCGCCGCCGGCGGCGCGGCGGCGCCGUUCGGCAAGGCGUCGUGGCGGCGGCAGCCGGCGGCGGCGCAGUAG